AUGCCAAGAGAAAAAUCUGUAAAUCUCAUAGACCACAGAGUUCAGAGCAAUACUAAAGCAUAUUGUUCAAGUGAAUAUGGAUUUUCUAAGAUUAGUAAAUUGUCUUUAAGCAAUAUACAAGAUUGCCAUAAAGAUUCUUUAAAAAGAUUUCUGAA